CCCCGCGCACCACCCCCGCCGCUUCCUCCGCUUGGGUGCUCCUCCGGCCUGACUUCCCCUUUCUCCCACCUUUCCCGGCACCGCGGGAAAAACAGCGCAGGGCAGAGCAGGGAGGGAGGGCGGCCGGAGCCCGGACACGGGAGCCUCCCAGUCAGUUCAAGACCCGACAUGAGGGAAAAGGGCCGUAGGAAGAAGGGCAGGACCUGGGCGGAGGCCGCCAAGACGGUCUUAGAAAAAUACCCCAAUACACCCAUGAGUCAUAAAGAAAUUCUUCAAGUUAUCCAGAGAGAAGGACUAAAAGAAAUCAGUGGGACUUCCCCUCUUGCAUGCCUGAAUGCAAUGCUGCACACAAACUCCCGAGGUGAAGAGGGCAUCUUCUAUAAGGUUCCAGGUAGAAUGGGAGUAUAUACUUUGAAGAAAGAUGUGCCGGAUGGGGUAAAAGAACUAUCAGAAGGUUCAGAAGAAAGCAGUGAUGGUCAGUCCGAUUCCCAGAGUUCAGAGCACAGCAGCAGCAGCAGUGACGGUGGCAGCAACAAGGAAGGAAAAAAGAACAGGUGGAAAAGGAAAGUGUCAUCUAGACUGUCACAGCCAUCCUCUCCCCAGUCAGCCUGCCCAUCACCCACUAUUCCAGCAGGUAAAGUCAUUUCUCCAUCACAGAAGCACAGCAAGAAGGCACUAAAGCAGGCUCUAAAACAGCAGCAGCAGAAGAAGCAGCAGCAGCAGCAGCAGCAAUGCAGGCCAAGCAUGUCCAUCUCCUCCAGUCAGCAUCUCUCGCUGAGGACGGUCAAAGCACCCGGUGACUCCGUAACUGCCAAACCUGCAGUAUGGGAAGGAAAACAGUCUGACGGGCAGUCAAGCGGCCUGCAGAACUCUAGCUUUGCUUCUUCAGUUAAAGUGGAAAAUCCUUUGCUAGGUUUGGGGAAGAAGUCAUUCCAAAGGUCUGACAGACUCCACACAAGGCAAAUGAAAAGGACUAAAUGUGCUGAAAUUGAUGUUGAGACACCAGACUCCAUUCUUGUUAAUACAAAUCUUCGAGCACUGAUCAACAAACACAAUUUUUCCGUCCUUCCUGGAGAUUGCCAACAGCGACUGCUUUUACUACUUCCAGAGGUGGAUCGACAGGUUGGUCCAGAUGGUCUGAUGAAGUUAAAUAGCUCAGCCCUUAACAAUGAGUUCUUCACUUCAGCAGCCCAAGGCUGGAAGGAAAGACUCUCAGAAGGUGAAUUUACACCUGAGAUGCAGGUGAGAAUUCGACAAGAGAUUGAGAAGGAGAAAAAAGUAGAGCCAUGGAAAGAACAAUUCUUUGAAAGCUACUAUGGCCAGAGUUCUGGCCUGAGCCUUGAGGAUUCAAAGAAAUUGACAGCUUCACCCAGCGAUCCCAAAGUAAGGAAAAUUCCAGCUGAGCAACCAAACUCCUUACUUCCUUCAGAGUCCUCUCCUAUCAGUAUCAUCCCUGUAAUCCCCCAGGUAGAGUCUAAAGAAGAAAUAGUGCAUAUGCCAUCACCCAUCAGAACAGAAGAGCACGAAAGCCAAGAUAAGGUGCAGCCAAACUCUAAAUCCACAGAGCCCCUCCUUUCCUCUGCUGGCUAUCCAAAUGAGCUUAGCAGCGUUCUUCCCAUCAAGUGCCCAAAGGAUGAGGAUGUCUUGGAACAGAAGCCAGUUGCCUCUGCUGAACAGGAAUCUGAGAAAGAGAAUCAUCUCACUACAGCUUCUAAUUUUAAUAAAAAUGAAAGUCAAGAAGCCGUAGUUAAGUCUCCAAGCAAGCCCAAGAGUCCUGGAGUGGAGAAAUCAAUAAUGAAGCCCAUAAUAGAAGCAAGUCCACAGGAGACCAUUAUGAAAGAGCCUUCAUCAACUCUAGUUGAUCACAGCCCAGAAAGCCUCAAGAGGAAAUCUUCUCUCACCCAAGAAGAGGCCCCUGUGAGCUGGGAGAAAAGGCCACGUGUCACUGAGAAUCGCCAGCACCAGCAGCCAUUUCAGAUCUCUCCACAGCCCUUUCUCAAUAGAGGCGACAGGAUCCAAGUGCGGAAAGUACCACCUCUCAAGAUCCCGGUCUCCAGAAUCUCCCCCAUGCUGUUUCCUACAUCGCAGGUCUCUCCCAGGGCUCGUUUUCCAGUCUCCAUCACUAGUCCUAACAGAACAGGAGCCAGAACUCUUGCAGACAUCAAAGCAAAAGCCCAGCUGGUCAAAGCACAGAGGGCAGCAGCUGCUGCUGCAGCCGCAGCUGCUGCAGCCGCCUCAGUUGGAGGGACCAUUCCAGGGCCUGGCCCAGGGGGUGGACAAGGUCCGGGAGAGGGUGGUGAAAGGAAAACUGCUAGAGGAGGGAGUCCAGACUCAGACAGAGUCAGAGAAACUGGAAAGGGCCCCACACUGGAACUGGCAGGAACUGGAAGCCGGGGAGGUACGAGAGAGCUUUUACCCUGUGGUUCAGAGACUCAGCCCCAAUCUGAGACCAAGAUCCCAGGCCAGGCACAGCCUCAUAGUGUUUCUGGAGCACAACUACAGCAGACCCCCUCAGUGCCUCCAACAUCUGCCAUCAGCGGAGCAUGCACAAGUGUCCCAUCACCAGCUCACACUAAUGCACCCCAACCAGCUUUAGGGAAACUGAAUAAUGAGAAACUGAAUGCCACCAGGGCAGCAGCCACAGUGGCCUCUCCUAGCCAGCCCCAAGGGCCCAGUCAUUGCAGGCAGGAGAAAGUACCUUCUGCUCCAACAGGUCCUCUUCUAAUCUCAGGUGCCUCACCUGUUCACUUUGCAGCUGAUGGCACAGUUGAGCCCAAAGUAGGUUCUAGUAAGAACACACCAAACUCUUCAGCCUCAGCAGAGACAACUGCCAGGGCUUCAGUGGAUAUGACUUCCUCCCCUUUAACAUCUUUAUUAAUAGCAGCCACUUUAGAAAAACUUUCUAUACCCCAGGUCAGUGUAACCGUAGCACCUACUGGGUCAGUUCCAUCCUCGAGCACUUUGCCAGCAGCAUCUAGCCUUAAACCUCCAGGGACUUCUUCAAAUAUGAAUGGACCCAUUUCACGGCCAAGCUCCAGUAUCCCUGCUAAUAAUCCUUUGGUCACUCAGCUGCUCCAGGGCAAAGAUGUUCCCAUGGAGCAAAUUCUGCCUAAACCACUCACCAAAGUUGAAAUGAAAACUGUUCCACUGACUCCAAAAGAGGAAAUAGGGAUGGGAGCGCCCAUAGGCAUCAACAUGACAGAAAACAGCACCAGAGAGGAAGUUCAUGAGAGGCCUUCCCAUCCAGCUAUCCAGCAACUGGGUAAAACCUUGCAAAAUAAGCAUCUCUCCCAGGUCCCCAGACCCCUUCAGCUCUUUUCAGGUAAGGAUCUAAGAGACUCGAGCAUUGACACACACCAAGAAGGACUAAGUAAAGCAACCCAAGAUCAGAUCCUUCAGACUCUCAUCCAAAGUGUUCAUAUUCAGAGGCAGAAUGUUCUCUCAUUUGUGCAGCCCUCCCAGUUCAACUUAACUCACUCAGGUUUCCAGUUAGAAGACAUCUCCACAAGCCAGCGGUUCAUGCUGGGUUUUGCUGGCAGAAGGACUUUGAAGCCUGCAAUGGCAGGUCACUACUUACUUAACAUUUCCACCUAUGGCCGGGGCUCAGAGAGCUUUAGAAGGACCCAUUCAGUAAACCCUGAAGACCGUUUUUGUUUAAGUAGCCCCACUGAGGCCUUGAAAAUGGGAUAUCCAGACUGUAAAAAUGCGACAGGAGAUAGUAGCAGCGGCAAAGAAGAAGAUACCGAUGAGGAAAGUACUGGUGAUGAGCAAGAAUCUGUCAUGGUGAAAAAGGAGGACAUGGCUUCCCAGAGUUCUGGCAAGUGUGAAGCAAGUUCAGGACCCCCCAGUAGAGAAAUCCUACCCACUGAUGGUUUAGCUAAAAAUAAUGUGAAGGCAGAGACACCAGUGCAGGAGCAAACCACUAUAGGCAAGGAGAAUUAUCUGUUCACUAGAGGCCAAACAUUCGAUGAAAAGACCCUCACCAGAGAUUUUAUUCAAGCAGCACAGAAGAAAAUGGCUCAUACAGUGAGAGGUAAGACGAUGCAUAGCAGCCCUGAGCUCUUCAAUUCCACUGCUCUUCCUCCACCUGCAAACAGCCCCACCCAUCAGCCUCUCCUCCUCCCACCGCUGCAAACUCCAAAGCUCUAUGGGAGCCCUACACAGAGUGGGCCGAACUACAGAGGCAUGAUCAAUGUCUCCACCUCAUCUGACAUGGACCAUAACUCUGCUGUACCGGGGAUGCCUGACUGUAGCCAGGUGUCUAGCAACGUAAAUGAUGUCAUGUCCUUCUCAGUAACUGUCACUACCAUCCCUGCCAGCCAAGCUAUGAAUCCCAGCAGCCAUGGCCAGACCAUUCCUGUUCAGGCAUUUCCUGAAGAGAACAGCAUAGAGGACACGCCUUCAAAAUGCUACUGCCGAUUGAAAGCCAUGAUCAUGUGCAAGGGGUGUGGAGCUUUCUGCCACGAUGAUUGCAUUGGCCCCUCUAAACUGUGCGUCUCUUGCCUUGUUGUUCGGUAGAGACUAGAGAGAGAACACACUGUAAAGGAGGCUGGAAGGGAAGGGUUGAUGAGGUGUUUUUUGUGUUCUUUUGAAAUCACAGAUAUAAGUGGACUUCAGUUGUCAAAAGACAAAUGUUAAUCAGGAAUACAGAGUGCAGAUCUUACAUUUUAGAGGAAGAGCACCUUGUAUAGUAAGUCGAAGUCAAGCAAGGCUUUGUGUAUUUGUGACAAGUUUGCACUUACAAAAUCAUGUACAUAAGUCACAUUUUGUUUUAACAAUUUUUUUCCAAGUGUUUAGGUAAUAAUGUAUUACUUUGAAUUCAAAUUUAUGUUCUACUUCAUAUGACUCUGAGAAAAGUUUAAUGCCAUGCAUGGUGAAGGGAAGCUUGUCUCCCUUCUGUACUUUCCUAAGAGGCUAGGAAGAGGAAGGAAUGAGCGAAUGGUAUGGAGAAAUCACCGUUCACACUGACUAUAUCUGCCUGUAGGCUUUAUGUGGAUUACUUGGCCUUUGAAGAAUAUUGAUUCAGGGUUUAACUCAGUUCCUGUACCUUAGAUGCAGUGUUCCCAAGUUCAGGUUUUUGAUAAGGUAUUGAUUUCACAUCUAGUACUUCAAACUGAAAGUUCUGACUUGGUUCUUGGCUUCCAUGAGCUAAUACUAUUGCCAAGCACUCCUCAUGCAAUUUGUGUGUCCCUGCUGUUCCUGAUCCCACCACCCUGUUCUCAGAUAGUGAAUAUGGUCCAUGAAGGGUAUGCCUCUCUGGCUCCUCCUGGUACCAUAGCCUGGGCAGGGCAACAGUUCCAGCAGUAGUCAGAUUAGUCAGGGGAGCUUACAAGUAGGUUUGAAAUACUAGUAUAAAAUUAACGGGAAAGUGUUAGUGAUAGGGUGAUUGGAACUAUGUGUUUUGUUGUGCAAGGGGAGUAAAGGUGCAGAAACUGAACAUAAAGGAAUUUGGGAAAGGAUUUUAAUAUUAGAAAUAAGGUAGCCUCUUCUCGCUCAGCCCAUUACCUAAUGUUUUAUAGUCAGCUGUUGCUGCAGGUAGAAAAGCUCAUUGAUGCCGCAGUUGUCCAUUCUGUUAAAUCUGUUUUGACCUGUCAGGCAUCUGAGGAGUAUGGAGUAAUCUUAUGUUACUUUGAAGACAUGUAUGCACAAACAUACACAGUACAAGUCAGACUCUUUUCCAGUCUUAGAAGUAUGUCCCCUGUUUGGGAUUACUACUGUCUAUGCACUAGAAAUUUCUAAUGUAAAGGGGCUUCAGUGAAUGGCUAAGGGAACAUCUAGAAAGGAGAAAAUUGCCUCCGAAGCUUUGUUGUUUGUUCUUGUUACUCUCCUUUUUUGUUGUGUUUUUAAGCCUGUAUCUAGUGACUAAAGAAUUUUUGAGUACAUAUGUUUAGGUCAUGGUUAUAAGAACAUUAAGUCUACAGUUUACCAGAGUUUGAUAUUAUUAAACAAUCGGGUAUUGUCAGUGUGCAUCAUUUUACAUAUUGAUUUCAAGUGUGUAAAGUAAAAAUACUACUGUAACCUAGUACAGUUGUAAUUGUACUUAAUAUUCAGGAUGUGAUAUUUACAACAUGCAGAACAAUGUAAAUUUGUUAAGUCACAUUCCAGGUUAGGAGAAAGUAGGCAGUAAUAAUCUUUGCUUUGCCCUCUCCUCUCUGCCCUCCGUGUUACUUGCAGUACUUUCAAACUCCUUUCAAAUAAGAAACUCAUUACUUCACUUUUUCUUUUUUCUUCUUCUCCUGUGUUUUUGGUGGCCCAAGGCAAAUAGAGAGUUAAUAUCUCUAUUCGUGUUUCAGCCAAGACAAUAUGAUGUCCUUCUAAGUUUCUUUUUGGUCCAGCACACACAUAGCUAAGAGAAACGGAAGCUGCAGGGAUACGGGGAUAAGGUUUUUCCCCAGCCAGGAACCAGUAAGAAACAGAAACCAUGGUUCUGUUCCCAAACUUUCAGUGCCCUGGGUAACUGGGGGAGAGGCGCUGGUUAGAACUUCCCACGCUCAGCUUCUGCACUCCCCACUUCAGUGGCGGGACUGAGGGCUGGUCUGCGUGCUGGAAGUUGUUGAGGGUUAUCGAAAUGACCACAUGCUAAACAAUUACCAAUUUGGGUUGAUUAAAGUGGCAUUUCUUCUUUGCACCUUUCCUGAAAUAGAAAGUUUUUCCUCUGUGGUUCCCUUAAGCUGAGGAUGGAUAGCCUAAGCAGGAAAGGAGGAAAGGCAUCAGGGAUUUUCAAGUUCAUUUAGAGGGCAAACCAUAUUGUGCCUGUUCAUCUUAACCCAGGCUCUUGCAGAUGGUCGUAAGAUUUACUGUUCACCAGAUUUUCAUAAGAAUUAAUACAAUACCCAGCUAAUAAAAUACUUGGGUUUGUGAAUGCCCCUAAAAUUGUCAGCUAGGUACACUGCCUCAGUAUUGACCAAAUGAGAGAAUAGUUAGGUUCUCUCAGGUUGGUGGUAAAUUGAAUGCAAUCCAUUUGUCAGUUUGUUUCAGAACAGUGGUUUCAAGUGGAAAGCCACUAGCUGAACAGGAAGAAAAAAUUACAAACUGGCUCUUUUUGAAAAUAGGGCAGAAGGAAUAAGAAUCAUUGAAAGUGUGGUACUCCAGUACCAUUAAAGCAAUGUUUAUCUUAAAUUUUCAGAAUUACUUGUACUAUUCAAUUCAGUCUAGUAAGUGCUAAGCUUAUUUUUAUGGUACUGAGUUGCACUGACUGCUUCCAGUCACUAGCCCAGUGUCACGCCUCAUGCUGAGGCCUCGGGGUGUGCCUCAGAUGCCUCCCCUGCAGGUUGCUGCCGCCGCUGGGAGGCCGGGUAACAGCACAUCGUCUCCGUGUCGCUCGUGACUGUUGUGUGUUGCCUAGUAGAGAAGGCUUCCUGAAUCUUAAAUCUCAAAGAAUUUUGACUAAAAUUCUCCAUCCAGUUAAAUAGAAAAUAAAGCCAAAUGACCUGGAGUUGUUUGCUCUGCCUUUAUUCCUUAACUCCUGUGCUCAAGAUACUGAAGCUGUCUGGUAUCCAAUGGGACAUUUUAAAGAGUAAGGUCUGACUAGCGUGUCAUUUUUCUUGGGGUAGGGGAAGCAUACUUUUAUGGGCACACAGAUGUAGUAGUUUUUGGAAAUUAUUUAAAUAGCCAAAGGUCGACCUCAUUGCCUUCCAGGUGAAGGUGUAAAUUCAUACAUACUAAUGACCUGACAGUCAUCAUCCUAAUUGCUUAUUAUUGCCAUUCUCUGCCUUAGAGCCCUUUAAAAAACUCCUGGGUGAAAUGAUUUGUUGUAAUGAGGGGGUCUUCUCUGGUCAUUACACUGCUAUUUAUUUCUAGAACACAUGUCAGUGAGCAGUGCCAGGGCGGUUUUACUCUGUCACCUAGAGUUUCACUUCAUGACAAGAAGGGGAAAGUCUCCCCGUUGCGUUACAACAAUGUGCUAAGUACAAAACUUGGCCAAGGGUAGUUUUCAGCUCAAUUUAUAGAAUAGUCCAAAGAGACUGAGAAACAUGUUGAUGGGCAGGGACCUUUCCUACCAUGUUUCAAUACCUACAUACCUGUUGAAAGAAAACAAUAGGUAAAACAUUUCCUAAAGUUUAAGAGCUUCAUAGAUUCUUGGUUACUUUAUUUUUAUUAAUGCUUUACAUUUGAUACAACUAUUAAAGAUCAAUUUUAAAAAUAGCUUUCCAGUAAUAUAUUUUAAGUAAUAUAUAUUUUAAUAUCUAUGUAAAAAGUGACAGUGGAAGACUUUGAAUUUCUCAUAUAUGGUCUGUUUAACGUAGGACCUCACUGUUAAGGCACAAAUGAUUUCAGAGGAAGUUGCUCUAAAGAUACUCAGACUUUUUCCGAAAAAUGCAAUAAGGGGGAUAGUUUUGGAGUUUAUUUUUUAUUUUAAAGGAAAAUUGACUUAUUUACCACAAGCUAUUAUUUUUCCUUCUGGCUGUAAGGUUUGUACAGACUGGUUUGGUAAAUGCUAAACUUUUGUGUGUCUUGUUGCCUUUUUAAAGGAAUUGUUAACGUUGGAAUUGAGGGUAUGUACAGAGAAGUUGGU